CCGUAGACGAGCGGAACUGAAAUCAGGAGAGUUCAACGAGAGACCGUGUCUGGCUUUUUCUACAAGAAAGCCGCUAAUCAAAGAAAAAUAUUCCAGGGGUUUUCUUUGAGGUGUACCCUUUGUUUUUUUUUUUUCUUUUUUCUUUUUUUUUGUUGUUGUUGUUGCCCAAGCGGUGCAGCACAGUGAAGAGGAGCUAAGUCGAUGGUUGGGAAAGGCUAGCACCCACUGACAGACAGAAGGCCAGUGGAUUCCACAGCACAAGCAACACAACCAUGAGCACAGCCAAGCCCAGCGGGCUCAAAGCGCCCAGCAAGAUUGGCAGGCCAGCGGGGGUGGCCACGAAGACCUCCCCUUCUGCUGCUGCAGGUAAGACGGCCCCGGCUGACAAACCGUCCCCGAGUGCCAGUGCGCCGGAGGCUCAGGAUGCAGUGGAGAACUUCAAGGUGGGCGAGCGGGUGUGGGUGAACGGGAACAAGCCGGGCUACGUGCAGUUCCUGGGAGAGACGCAGUUCGCCCCAGGCCAGUGGGCAGGCAUCGUGCUGGACGAGCCCAUCGGCAAGAAUGACGGCUCGGUGGCCGGGGUGCGCUACUUCCAGUGCGAGCCACUGAAGGGCAUCUUCACCCGGCCAUCCAAGCUGUCCCGCACAGAGGGCGAGGCCAACGGCACACAGACAGCGCCCCCCUCCCGGGCAGCCUCGCCCACCCCGUCCACCACCUCCACCAGUGUGGCCGUCACCACCCCUGCUCCCACGCCGGCUGCAGCAUCGGCCGCCACCGCUAAGAAAACCUCACCUGCCACCCCAGCGUCAAACCUGGUGCGCACCGGCAGCGAGUCGGUCUCCAAUCUGUCUGAGACGGGCUCCAUCAAGAAGGGUGAGCGAGAGCUGAAGAUGGGCGACCGCGUGCUGGUGGGGGGCACCAAGGCAGGAGUGGUGCGCUUCCUGGGAGAGACGGAUUUCGCUAAGGGGGAGUGGUGCGGUGUGGAGCUGGACGAGCCCUUGGGGAAGAAUGACGGUGCGGUGGCAGGAACCAGGUAUUUCCAGUGCCAGCCCAAGUAUGGCCUGUUUGCACCAGUGCAUAAGGUUACACGCAUUGGCUUCCCUUCCACCACGCCAGCCAAGGCCAAGACCACAGUGCGCAAGGUGGGAGCCACGCCCUCCACGCUGAAGCGCAGCCCCAGCGCCUCCUCCAUCAGCUCCAUGAGCUCUGUGGCCUCCUCCGUCAGCGGCAAGCCCAGCCGCACCGGCCUGUUGACAGAGACAUCAUCCCGCUACGCGCGGAAGAUUUCGGGCACCACGGCCCUACAGGAGGCCCUGAAGGAGAAGCAGCAGCAUAUCGAGCAGCUGCUGGCUGAGCGUGACCUGGAGAGGGCGGAAGUGGCCAAGGCCACCAGCCACGUGGGCGAGGUGGAGCAGGAGCUCACCCUGCUCAGGGAGGGCCAGGGGCAGUAUGUACUGGAGAUGGAGGCCAAGAUGGACCAGUUACGGAGGCUGGUGGAGGCUGCUGACAAGGACAAGGUGGAGCUGCUGAAUCAGCUAGAGGAGGAAAAGAGGAAAGUGGAGGACCUUCAGUUCCGUGUGGAGGAAGCUUGCAUUACCAAAGGCGACUUGGAGACGCAGACCAAACUGGAGCAUGCCCACAUUAAGGAACUUGAACAGAGCCUGCUCUUUGAAAAGACCAAAGCUGACAAACUUCAGAGAGAGUUAGAAGACACUAGGGUAGCUACAGUGUCUGAGAAGUCUCGCAUCAUGGAGUUGGAGAGGGACCUGUCACUGCGGGCCAAGGAGGUGGCAGACCUGCGGCAGCGCCUGGAGUCCUCACAGGGGUCAGAGGUCGCUGACUCGGCCUCUCCCCUCCUGGAGGAGAUAAGUGCGCUGAGGGCUCAGUUGGCCACACAGAGCACAGAGCACCAAAGUGAACUUAAAGCUUUGAAGGACAAGCUGGAGGCAGUCGAGGCGGCCCAUGUGAAGGAGCUGGCCCAGCUGCGGGCCACUGGCGACAAGGCCUCCAAAGACAACGAGCUGCUGAAGGGCCGUCUGGAGCAGGCGGAGAAGGAGAACGCUGACGUCAUCGAACUGUGGCGCUCCAAACUGGAGUCGGCUAUCGCUUCCCACCAGCAGGCCAUGGAGGGGCUGAAAGUGUCCUUUAGUAAGGGGGCCGGAGCCCAGUCGGCCGAGUUGGUGGAGCUGAAGAGCAGCCUGGAGAGGCUGAAGAUGGAGCACAAGAUGGAGCUUGAGGAGCUCCGGGCCAAGCGGGAUGCCGAGGUGACCGCCCAGGCCCGGGAGGUGGAGCAGCUCCGGGCCCAGCUGCUGGAAGUCUCGGAGGAGAAGGAGAAGCUGGUGGAGACACUCCGCACAAACCUGGAGAACGCUGAGGAGCAGCACCUGGUGGAGAUGGAGGAUGUGCUGAGCAAGCUGCACACCACCGAGCUGAAGGUAAAGGAGCUGGAGGAGCUGGAGAGCAAGGUCAGCCAGCAGGCCACUGAGCUGCAGGCCCUGAGGGAGCAGGCUAGGGAGGCAGGGGAGCAGAGGGCCACGCUGGAUGCUGUACGCACCCAACAGGCUCAAGGUAACCAAGAGAUUCAGACUCUGAAGACCAAGCUACAGGCAGCUGAGGCCCUGUCCCUUUCUCAGGGCGACAAGGUCAGUGAGUUAGCCAAAGAGCUGGAGGGCAGGCAGCAGGAGGUCCUCUGCCUGCAGCAGAGCCUGGCCUCGGCACAGCAGGACAGGAGCUCCCUGGAGCAGCAGCUGGGCACCCUGAAGCAAAAACUUGAUGGAGUCUCAGAGGAACAGGCAAAAGCUGCACAAACUAUGCAAGAGACGCUGGAAAAACUUGGUAAAAAAGAAGAGCUAUGCUCGUCCCUCUCUGCUGAGACAGAAGCCCUGAGAAGCCAACUGGCUAGGAUGGAGAGGAAGGUAAAGGCAGGGGAGGAGAAGUUGGAGCAGCUGACCAAGGACAAAGCCAAGCUUGAGAGUGACAUAGCUGACUUGAUGAGGUCUUCAGGAGACAGCUCCACCCAGCUGAUCAAGUUGAAUGAUGACCUCACUCAAAAAGAGAGACGGCUGGAGGAGCUCCAGACCCAGCUCUCUGAGGCCAAAGAGCGCGUGGCGCGUUCGGAGGAGAAUGAGCGCCAGGGCCAGGCCCGGGCGGAGCAGGAGCUGAAGGAGAACAGGGAGAAGCACCAGGGCGAGCUGAAAGCGCUGCAGGAGCGGCUGGCAGAGCUGGGGAAGAGUGUGGAGGAGGGCCAGGCCCGUAACCAGGAGCUGCAAGCCACUCAGGAGAGGGCGUUGAAGGAGCAGACUGAGAGGCACGAGCAGCAGCUUCAGGAGGUGCAGCACAAGAUGGAGAAGGUGGAGCAAGAGCUGAGCAGGUCUCGUGACAAGAGCAAAGAGCUGGAGCAGCUGGUGGCUGAGCUGCAGCCCUACAAAGAGCAGGCCCAGUCUCUCACUGCUGAGCUAGCCUCCUCCAAGCGGGUGGCUGAACAACUAACUGCAGAGUUGAGGGAUUUGAAAUUGGUAUCAGGGAGCACCUCCAAGGAAGUUGAGGAGCUCAGGGGACAGAGAGAGGAGCUUCAGAUGAAGCUCUCAGUGUCUGCAAAAGACCUGUCUGCCCUGGAAGCCAGUCACAAAACCCUCUCAUUAAAAAGCGAAGAACUGCAGUUGAUAAAGGAACAGCUUUCAAAGGAGAAGGAAGAGCUUUGUUCCAGAAAUAAGCAGUUGGAACAAGAGGGAGCUGCGCUGUCCAUGGAGAAGGACAAGCUCUCUCAGGUUGUUGAUGAACUAAGAGGCAGCUUGGACAAGACUGAGAUGGAAAACAAGAUCCUCAAGACUACUGAAGUGGAACAUUUGGCAAAAAUUGAGGCGCUUGAGAAGGUAAAUGCUGAGAGACGAGAGGAUCUUCUGAAGUACCAGCAGGAGAUCUUGCUGCAGGAGUCCAACAAGAAGCAGCUGAUUGAGGAUUAUGAAAAGAUCUGUGAGGAGAGGGAUUCCAUCCAAGAGGACCUCAAGCGAAGCAGGGAAGAGCUGAAAUCUGAGAGUGAAAGGCUUACAACUGAGAGGGACAUGGCAAGAAAAGAGAAGAACUCCAUGGACACCAAAAACGCUGAGCUGCAGGCCAUGUACAUCUCUCUGAACGCAGACAAGGAGGAUCUCUGUUUGAAGAAUAGUCAGUUGCAAGCAGAUAAGGCAAACCUUGGAAAAGAGAAAGAAGAGAUGUUUGCUCAACUUCAGUCUCUCAGAUCUGACAAGGAGGCCCUUCAGGCUGAAAAGAGAGAGCUUCAGAAUCAACUCAACACAGUGAAGAAGGACCUAGAGAGGUCCAUUCGUGACAAUGGCGAGCUGGAGGCCUCGAAAGAGAGCCUAGCCAAACUGCUUGAAGAAAUCAAAACCAGCAGAGAAGUCACAGACUCUGAAAGGAUGCAUCUACUGCAAGAGAAGGAAGAUCUGUUGGCUGCUCAGAGGAAGGUUUGCACAGAGAAGGAGGAGCUUCUAAGGGUGAAGGAAGAGUUGGAAGAAAAAUACCGUCUAUUGAGUGAAGAAGCAAUGGCUUCCAAGGAGAAAAUGCAGCAGGAGAUUGGGGCUGCAGCCCAGGAGAAUCUGGCACUCACUCACAAACUUACUGAGGUAGAGAAGGAGCUCAGUUCCCUCCAGAAAGAGAAGAUAACCCUGGAAUCUACUCUACAGCAGCAGAAGACUGAGAAUGCGAGUCUGGAGCAAGAGAAAGGAGAGCUGAUAGAAAAACAUGAGAGGGAGAUCUCUGAGAAGGCUGCUCUUGCAUUGGAGAGGGACCGAUUGGUGGGAGAUGUCCACAACUUGAAAGACCAGCUGGAGAAUUCAAGCAAGGAAAAUGUUGGUCUGUUGGAGGCCAAGGCUAGCCUGGAAGCCAUGUUGGAUGAUGUGAAACGGAAGAAGGAAGAGGCAGAUAUGGAAAAAGCCUCUCUACAGCAAGAGAGAGCUGACAUACAGGUCCAGUUUCAACAGCAGUGCUCUUUUAGAGAGGCCCUUGAGAAGGAUAAAGCAGCAUUUGCAGAGGAACAUCAGAAAAAGAUGAUGGAUGCAGAGCAUGCACAGAUAGAGCUGGCAAUGGAGAGGGAUGCUCUAAAGGUAGAGCGGGACUCUCUUGUUUCUCAGCAGACAGAGCUGAAUAAGUGCUUGCAACAGUUGCAUAAGGACAAAGAUGAUCUUCUCGCUCAGAAGCAAGAUCUCACAGCUCAGAAUGAAUCUCUCUCAGAAGCAAAAGGGCUGCUCCAGUCUGAGCUGCAGACAAGGGUCAAUGAGAAAAGUCAACUGGCUGCUGCCAAGGAUGACCUGAGCAGAAAGUUUGAGGACUUGCAGACAGCAGUGUCAGCUUUAACCCAGGACAAAGCUGAACUCCUUGAGUUGGAAUCCAGCCUAAAGAAGGAGUUAGCCUCCCUCCACAGUGAUCAGGAAGUGGCAGCCUCCGAGAAGUCCAGGCUUCUGGAUGAGAUGAAGCAGCUGAAGGCUACCAACAGUGAACUGCUAACAGAGAAGCAGCAUCUACUACAGGAGAAGGCACUUAUGGAGGCUAAACACCAGGACCUGAGUCAGCAAUCUUCCACAACUGCCCUGGCUAAGGAGGAAAUGGCUGCCACACUCAGAGAAGUGCAAGAGGCAAAAGUGGCUUUGAGUCAAGAGGUGGAGACCUUGAAAUCCCAACAGAAGCAGAGUGACCAGGAAAAAGAAAACUUGGUUGCUGAGAGGGAUAGCCUUUCCAGCAAACUGGAAGAGAUGGGGAGAGAGGUUGUUGCCUUAGCGAAAGAGAAAGCCGACGUCCUGACCAUCAAGGCCCAGAAGGAGCAUGAGAUUGGCUCCCUCCGUAGCAGCCUGGAGACCAAUGACAGUGAGCGCACCAGGCUCCUGAAAGAGGCAGAGGAGAUGCGGGCUUCCCAUGCCGAGCUGGAGAAAGUGAACCAGGUGCUCCGUGCUGAAAAGUCUCAGUUGGAGGAGGCGCAGCGUGAGUCCUGUAAGGAAGCUGCUGACUCCUCCCAAGCCCAGCAGGAGCUCAUCACCAGCCUGCGUGCACUGCAGACUGAGAGAGAUGCCCUGAUCAGGGAGAGGGAUGAAGCAGCCCUGAAAGUCACAGAGAUUGAGGCCCUUCACAAAAACGCUUUGUCCAAGCAGCUUGAGGCUGCACAGUCUGCUGGGCAGACAGCACAGGCCCUGGAGCAGCUUACGCAGGAGAAGAGCCGUCUGCAGCAGGAGAAGAGCGAGGCAGUGGCCCUUCUGGAGGAGAGCCGGAGUGCCAAGCGGGAGGUGGACCUGCAGCUCGAUGCCUUGAAACAGCAGAAUUCCAAGUACCAGGAGGAGCUCAGCCUAUCCAAGGAGCAGCUCGGCUCUGAGAGCCAGCGGAUCAACUGUCUGUGUAAAGAGAUAGAGGAGCUGAAGCAGGCCUCCAGUCAGAAGUCCCAUAACCUGGAAGCACUGCAGAAGGAGAACAGCAGGCUAACUGAGGAACUGGAUAGCAGUCGCCAGGGGGCCAGCAAUCACCAGAAGCUGGAAGAAGAAUGCUCUAGUCUCAACCAUCAGCUCCUGGAGAUGAAGAAGAGAUUGCCCAAUAAUUCUUUAAGAGAGGGCACACUGAAGAAGGAGUCGGACGAGGAGAAAGCCUCCCUCCAGAGAUCCAUCCAGAAAACCAGUGCCUUGAUCUCGGAGAGGGACAAAGAGCUGGAGACACUGAGGAAUGAGAUCACCGUGCUGCGUGGAGAGAGCGCAGCGGCGAAGACGCUGCAGUCGGCAGUGCAGGCUCUGGAGACGGACAAGGCACGGCUGCAGGACCGGGUGCAGAGCCUGGAGCGGAAGCUGGCAGAGGGCCCGGCGGACAGCACAGCUGGCCCCACGGGUGAUGCAGCUGUGGAUCAGCUCAGAGAGGAAAAGCAGUCUGCUGAGAGCCAGGCAGCGAUUGACUUCCUGAACUCGGUCAUCGUGGACCUGCAGAGGAAGAACCAGGAGCUGACUGGCAAGCUGGAAAAGAUGGCAGAGGCAGCGCUCAAUGGUAAUAACGCCAGCGAGCUGGACAACUAUGACGGUUUCAAGGAGGCCCCAUCCAAAAAGAAGCCCCCACCUCGACUCUUCUGCGACAUCUGUGACUGCUUUGACCUCCAUGACACGGAGGACUGCCCCACCCAGGCCCAGAUACCCGACUCCCCUCCCCACACUACCUACCAUGGCACCCGUGGCGACGAGCGGCCCUACUGUGAGAUCUGCGAGGUGUUCGGCCAUUGGACUGACUCUUGCAAUGAUGACCAGACGUUCUGAAUACCUCCACCUUGCUGCACCCCGCUAACCACACGCCCAUCCUCAAACUAGACAACGUGUAUGACUGACCUCCACAGAAUUUUCUUUUUGUGUGUGUGUGCGCGUUUGCACUGGCGUGUGUGCUUGUUUAUGUAUAUCUUUACCCACCUGUUCCACUAACCCAAUGUGUCAGAGAAUUCAUCCUUGGGUUCAAAAAUCCAAGGAUGGGGAAGAGUUGGAAUCAAAACCCAUCCUUGAUUGUGUAAAUGGCAGACUUUCACAGUUUCACGUUUUGUUUUUUUUGUUUUUUUUCUUUCAUUUGGUUUUGAUCUUCAGUGUGUUUUUGGGGGGUGUUGUUUUUAUUUUUCUUCCCCUACUGUUCGUAGGUAACACAGUAGUACUUCCAGGGGUUGCCUUGUCAAUCUGGGGUAAAAAAAAAAAUAUGGGAUGGAUGUGGAGGUACGUGUGGAUUUGACGUGGGUGUGAAACUUGACAAUGACAUCAGCAGAGCUGCAGGAAGACUCAACCCAGACCCAAAUGGCCACCUUGCAGGAGGCCAAAACAGUUGCUUCUAACCUAUUGCACUGCACACUUUAUAUUUCUCUUCCCUUUAUGACUACCCAGCUCCUUUUAAUUGCCUUUAUAUGAACAUGUUUAAGUUAUAAUUUUUAAAAGGAUAAAGUAUCAAGAAUGGUAAUAAUACUGUCAAAUUUUAUGUAUUGCCUUUUUCUUUGUCUUUGAAUGUUGAGUAUCUGUACAAAAAAAUCAAAAGCAAAUGUUUGGAUCAUAUUGUAUCUCCCAAUAUACCUGUUAAAUAAAUGUGAAAACUAAAUUUAAUAACUGUAAAUACCUGCUGUAUUUUUUUCUUGGGGGGGGCAUACUCAUUUUGGCACAAAAAUAUGAAGAAUAUUUCCUUUUUCCAUCGCACAGUUCUGGAAUUUUGGGUUGAAUGUUGAAUGCAUAACCGGUUGUAGGGGGAAUGAUUCAUGUAAAGACAUUUAUUAAC